CGCCUGAGGGGGCUGGAGGGAAUCGGGUCGCGGUGCCACCAUGGCGGUGCGACAGGCGCUGGGCCGGGGCCUGCAGCUGGGUCGAGCGCUGCUGCUGCGCUUCACCGCCAAGCCGGGUCCGGGCUACGUCUGGGGGCGGCCCGAACGGCCGGGCCCCGCGGCGGGCUGGGGUCGCGGAGAACGUCCCGGCCAGUCCGCGGGACCCGGCGCGGAGUCGCGCAGGCUGGGGCUCGGGCUUCCCGACCGCUACCGCUUCUUCCGGCAGUCGGUGGCCGGGCUGGCGGCGCGGCUCCAGCGGCAGUUCGCGGUGCGGGCCCGGGCUGGCGCGGGCCCUUGCGGCCGGGCCGUCUUUCUGGCUUUCGGGCUGGGCCUGGGCCUCAUCGAGGAGAAGCAAGCGGAGGGCCGGCGGGCGGUGUCGGCCUGUCGGGAGAUCCAGGCAAUUUUUACCCAGAAAAACAAGCUGCUGCCUGACCCUCUGGACACCCGACGCUGGCAGGGCUUCCGGCUGGAGGAGUAUCUGAUAGGGCAGUCCAUUGGCAAGGGGUGCAGUGCUGCUGUGUAUGAAGCCACCAUGCCUGUGCUGCCCCAGAGCCUGGAGGUGGUGAAGAGCGUCAGGCCUCUUCCAGGCAGAGACCCAGAUGUCAUUCCACGAGAAGAGGAGCCAGCCUCACCCCCUACCUUUCCCUUGGCCAUCAAGAUGAUGUGGAAUAUCUCGGCGGGCUCCUCCAGUGAGGCCAUCUUUAGUACCAUGAGCCAGGAGCUAGUCCCAGCUAGUCGAGUGGCCUUGGCCGGGGAGUAUGGAGCGGUCACUUACAGAAGGUCCAAGGGAGGUCCCAAGCAACUGGCCCCUCACCCCAACAUCAUCCGGGUCUUCCGUGCCUUCACCUCUUCUGUGCCACUGCUGCCAGGCGCCCUGGUUGAUUACCCCGAUGUGCUGCCCCCACGCCUUCACCCCGAAGGCCUGGGCCACGGGCGGACGCUCUUCCUUGUUAUGAAGAACUACCCCUGUACGCUGCGCCAGUACCUUCGUGAGCACACCCCAAGCCCCCGCCUCGCCACCGUGAUGAUCUUGCAGCUGUUGGAGGCCGUGGAUCAUCUGGUUCAACAGGGCGUUGCGCACAGAGACUUAAAAUCUGACAACAUCCUCGUGGAGUUGGAUGCAGACGGCUGCCCCUGGCUGGUGAUCACAGACUUCGGUUGCUGCCUGGCUGACGAGCGCACCGGCCUGCAGCUGCCCUUCACCAGCUGGUACGUGGAUCGGGGUGGAAACGGCUGCCUGAUGGCUCCAGAGGUGUCCACCGCCUGCCCUGGACCCAAGGCCGUGAUCGACUACAGCAAGGCUGAUGCCUGGGCCGUUGGUGCACUUGCCUACGAAAUCUUCGGGCUCUCUAAUCCCUUUUAUGGCCAGGGCGGGGCCCACCUUGAAAGCCGCAGUUACCAAGAGGCUCAGCUGCCCGAGCUGCCCAAGACCGUGCCUCUGGAUGCAAGACAGCUAGUGAGGUCACUGCUCCAGCGAGAGGCCGGCAAGAGACCAUCUGCCCGAGUAGCUGCUAACGUACUUCAUUUAAGCCUCUGGGGUGAACAUACUCUAGCGCUGCGGAAUCUGAAACUAGACAAGAUGAUCGGCUGGCUCCUCCAGCAGUCGGCCGCCACCCUGCUGGCCGACCGGCGCACAGAGAAGAGCUGCGUGGAGACCAAGAUGAAGAUGUUAUUUCUGGCCAACCUGGAGUACGAGGCACUGUGCCAGGCAGCCCUGCUCCUCUGCUCCUGGAGAGCGGCCCCGUGAGGGGUCCACUCUAGCCUGCGUAUUACUAAAGAACUUAGCACCAUCUGUGUGGUACUGGUCUGUGAGUCUGCGGGGUGGGGUGGGCUCCCAUGCGCGAGGGUGGGCGGCACGUGGAGGAUGGCGCGGAGAGGCUGGUCGGCACUGGAGAAGGCCUCUGGUAUGGCAAAUGGAAGGAAGAGCCAGCGGCAAAGUUCACGGUCUGCGGCCACUAACUCACCCUAGCUGUACGAUUUCAGGUGCAUCGUGUAACCUGCGUGAGGUUCUCUCACCUGUGCUGGGAGAAACUGGACUAGAGCAGAGCUGGAGAAGCUGGCAGACUUUCUGCAGAGCGCCCAUGUCACGGCUACUCCACUGUUGUUAGAGCACAAAAGCAGUUUGAAAUGCGUAAAUAUACCGAGAUAUGAAUUCAUGUGUCACUAAAUACUCUUGUUUAAAUUUGCUUCAACUAUUUAAAAACGUGAAAACCACUUUUGGCUUACAGGCCAAAGUGGCCACGCUAUCAUUUGUCAACCCACAGUCUAGAUGAAUCCAAGGAGCCAAACUCUAAAAAGAAAUGAUAAUCACUAGGCCCUCUGUAUAUUAGUACUAACAAUGUGGUAAGAUCUGAGUACAAAUCCACAGGACUGAGUUCUCUGUAGCAGGUGAGGAGAGGGGCCGGUGUUAACUGCGGGCCAGAGGCCCUGCCUCCCUCACAGACCUCUGUGAAGUCCAUGGCCGAGCAGAUCUCUUGAUGGAGGAGGUUCAGGCAAAGCAGGGGUUAUUAGGACAGCAUGGACUCCAGGAAUGGACCCUGGCUGGUUUGAAAGUGGCAGCCAGGACCUCGGUCUGUAUGUCUUCCGAGCUAAGGCAGAAUCUGCCAGGUCAGUAUCCGCAGGCAUCAGGAUGAGAAGACAGACGCUCCAGCAUUUUCUAUCAAGGAAAGCUCGGGGCAUCUCUGAGAAAGCACUUCUGCUGAGCUCCUCCAGCUACUGACUCAAGUCUAACAGAGCUAGAAGCCAUGAUGAAAUGGAAAUUGACAGUGUGUUGUUUUACUUGCUGAUCUGCCUUUUGACUAGCGUUUCUUACAGGAAUUGUGAAGAAUUAAAUGCACAUUUACAACUGAA